GCCUGGUGGCGCUUCCGGCUGGACGGAGCGCAGCAUGGCGGCGCUCGGGACCGUCCUCCGGAGUGUCCGGAGGCUGCAUUGCAGCGCGGCGGCUGGAGCGGGCAGUAAGUGGCGACUCCAGCAGGGACUGGCUGCCAACCCCUCCGGCUACGGGCCCCUGACGGAGCACCCGGACUGGUCCUAUGCAGAUGGCCGCCCUGCUCCCCCAAUGAAAGGCCAGCUCCGGAGAAGAGCGCAGCGGGAACAGUUUGCUGUGAGUGAGACGCGUCGUCCUGCUGUCACAGGAAAUGGAUGCUGGCAUGCAGGCAUGGAAGCGCAAGCAGCAGGAGAUGCUGCAGGAAGAAGAAAGGAAGCGGGAAAACGCCCUCAAACCCAAAGGGAGACGACUCCGGAGCCCCACGCCACGCCCGUGAAAAAACAGCUCCUGGCUUCCAUUCUCUGCGCGGCCGUCCCUCUCUCUCUGGCUUUCUCCGCUGCCACCUUCUCCACCAGCAGAGAGCCCUCAUUGUUCCCCGUCUGUCUUCAGAGCAGAAGGGCUUGAGUACUGGGAAGAACGGACCAUGAGAUCACUGCCGGCCAGGGUUGGCUCUGUGCCUACACCCCUGCUUCGGUCCAGCCUCAUUCUGAGAUACUUUCUCCCUCCCUCUCCGGCCGUCGGACUGGCCCAGCUGUGAGCAAUGGUUGAUCUAUGAACAUGAGAAUGGAGCUACCAUUUUCCUGCUUGUGGCCUUGCCUUCAGACCGUAUGGGCUCAGGCUCUGUGAUGUUGGGCAUUUAAUAAAUGUGCCGGAAAAGCCUUUCCAGCUGAGGCGACCAGUG